GAUCGGGAGAAGGGAGUGAUUUAGCCCAUAUAUAACAUAUGUUGUAGUGCGUUCGUUUGGCUAUCGACGUACAACUACAACGUUACUUCCGUAAAUAAAAAUCGCUCCCACCGUCCAAUCACAUCUCUUAUUUGAGACCAGAAAUUAUGAAUUUGCAGGAAUAUUUUGCAAAAAUUGGUUUCCAAGGCUCAAAUGCAAAACCGGAUCUGGCAACACUGAGGCAGAUCCACAGACAGCAUGUCAUGGUGAUCCCAUUUGAAAACCUCAGCAUUCACUGUGGUGAGAGAAUCACGUUGGACCUGCAGGUUAUUUUCGAUAAGGAGGUGAGAAGCAAUCGUGGCGGUUGCUGCUUAGAAAACAACUGUCUGUUCAACUGGGUGCUGAGAGAAAUGGGCUACGACGUAACAAUGUUAGGAGCCAGAGUUUUCGACACAGACACCAACGAUUUCACCGCGACAGAAGAUCAUCUCAUCAACAAAGUUGUGAUUGAUGGAAGAGCUUACAUUGCGGAUGUGAGCUUCGGGAUGUCGUCUCAAAUCCUGGAGCCACUGGAGCUCAUCUCAGGGAAGGAGCAGCCUCAGCCUGUAGCAGUCUUUCGUCUGGUAGAGGAGGGGGAGACCUGGGUGCUGGAAAAGACAAGCAGGAAGAAAGUUACCGCGGCAGAGUUUUCUGAUUCACCCUUGAUUGACAAGAAGCCGUCAGGAAAGAUCUACUGCUUCUCCUUGGCUCCCAGGCAGGUCGACCAUUUCCUGGAGUUCAACCACAGCCUUCAGACAGAUCCUGAUUCACUCUUCACCAAUAAAUCAAUCUGCUCCCUGCAAACACCGACAGGAUUCAGAGGCCUGGUCGGCCUGAGCUACAGCCAGGUCACCUUCAAACCUGAGGAAGGAGUAGAUCUUAUCGACAUGCAGGACAUACCAGAAGAGGAAGUGGAGCGGAUUCUUUGGGAGAAGUUUGGUGUGAAGCUGCAGAACAAGCUGAAGCCUGUGAACCAAAAAGCAUCCUUUACUCUCUAAAAAAAAAAAAAAAGAUGGGUGAAAAAAUAUACUGGAACAAGUGGCAACAAUGUGAUUAUUGUCCAUUAAAUCCAUUAAAUGUUUGAUUUAAAAUACACUCAAAACAAUCACAAAAAAUAAACAAUUAAUUCCAAUAAA